AUGCACUUCAAUGAGCCCGUUAUCGACGACCAAAACCCGUUCUACUGCCCGACCGUGACAGCCAUCUCAUACUUGGAGACCCUCCGCCGCGAAUUGCACGCACCCAGCCGCUACACCACCACCGCCAUUCACGAGAAACUACACCCCUCCUUUUCAAAACGACUGGAGCAGUCCAUGGACGAGGACGACCUUCUAGAUCUCCUCUACCAGCCGAUUCCCGCGGCACGCGACAGCCCGGAUAUCUCCUCUCUGCUGAGCAACAGUCUGCAAAACCCUACGCUGAACUGGGAGCGCAGAACACCUGCCCCGACCUCCGACCAGUACGAUCUCCGGCAAGACCACCCGGAGCUGCGAAUGAAACGCAAGCGUUCCCACUCGGUGGAGACCUUCAGCGACAUGGUCGGCCCGCCUAAACACGAGCGCUCGUUCCAGAGCGUGAACGAUGACUCGUUUUAUCUGAGCGCGAAGGCGCAGCGGAUCUGUUACUUCCCCGAUACGAAGGGGGCGUCUUCACCCAGGCACGAUGGUUUGGCAAUGGAAGGCGAUGUUGAGGGCAAGAUUCGCGCUCUGGAAGACGAACUGUACGGUCCACAUAUUGGCACGGAGACACCCCGGGGGCUGAGUGUGCUGAUCAACCAUCUGGAUACGCUCCUCCCCGGGAUCAGGCUCAAGGAGCGGCUGUAUGCUCUCAAAGAUGUCACCCACCAGCAUAUUGCGGAUAUGCUCGGUGCCGACGGGCAUCUGAACGCUCGCAUUCUCAACAUCCUGCGCACGUCAGAGGUCAAGUGUCUCGACUUAACCGCGUCGAUCAUGGACGAAGCCGGUCUCAACCUCGGUGCUAGCGAUCUCUUGCAUGUUUUGAAGAAGCCGAACAGCUUCUUGUUCGUCACGGACAUCAACCUGAGCGACAUCAGUCUGCACGACUUCGACCUUACGCACAUUCAUCACCUGCCGCGGCUCAAGCGACUCUGGCUCAGCAACACGGGGAUUGGAAAUGAAGCUGUCUUCCACCUGGUCGCGUUGAAGCGCACGCUCGCGGAGCUCGACCUCGCGCUCAACCCGCACAUCGACGACGACGCUAUACCAGCGCUGUUCGCACUCCCAAAGCUGCGUUUUGUCUCACUCUUUGACACCAGUGUGCGCAUGCCCGGGCUGCGCCGGCUCGCCGCCGCGCGUGGCGGGCGCGCGCUCGAUAUCGAGGUCCCACGCGCCUGUGAGGAAUAUGUCGACAAUAUGCACCGGAAAUACGAGCUGCGUACUCUUGCGUCGCUCGUCGUGGACCCCGCGGAGUGCGCUAACCUCUCCCCCACCGCGCUUCGGCGCAAUCUCGUGGCGCAUGCGGCUUGCAACCCGAAGGUGUUUGUCGGGGGUACCUCAGAGGAAAUGGCGGAGCGGCUGGAGAGCAUCCUGAUGCUGCGCGCGGCGGAUCAGCGUGUGCGUGAGAUGGUGUGGAAGGGAGGGGCGGAGUCGGAUAGGGAGUCAGACGCGGACGUGUCGGUAUUCUGA